AUGACCAUAGAAAGUCAUCGUAUUUAUGAGCUGUCAGCUGCGUCAUCAACGUCUGUCAUUGCUGAUCCUACGGCGUCUGCAGGGGGUAUGCUAAUGAGUAUUGAUAAUAGUAAUCGUGCCGCAGCAAAUCGUAGCAUCAACGGAUCAUCGAUACUGGUCACCUCACGUCGACGGCGUUUAAUUUCAGCUCCAUCAGGUGGAGCACCUGCAAUCCCUUCUCUUUUAGCAUCACAACAUCAUCGUCAUCCUCAUACUUCUCAUACGAAUAAUACAGCUGCGAAUAGCAGUAAUAGGUCUUCAUCAUCAUCAGCAACCUCAAAAACAACAAAUAUAACGUCGAAUACAAGAUUACGUGCGUCACCGUCUGUUGCCGAAAGUCCACCAGCGAUUGAACAUCGUACAAACAAUCGUUUUGUUGAUAGUCCUCAUGGAUCCCUUACACACUCUGAGGUCGGUGUUCAUUUUUUCGUUUGUUGA